AUGACGAUGAUGGGCCAACGUCCACCGCGACGGCCCAAGAAGCGUCUCAGAGCUGUUCAGAAACAGAUUAAUUUGUUGCAUCCAGCUUUUUAUUUUAGUGAAGUUACUGAAGAUAUCUACGAAGUUCCAGAGGCUGUAGAGACCAGAAAGGAAUUCAAGGAGGGUGUGCUAUACGAAAAGGUUGACUAA